GAGAGCGAGAGAACAAGGAAUAAAGAGAGUGAGAGAGAAAGAGAGACAAGAACAAGGGAAAGGCUUUCGGAAUAUCCUCACCUCUGAAGGAGGACGCUUUCACAGGAAUUCCUCCUUAUUUAUUUGUAGCCGUGGUGGAAUAAUGGAAAGGGGGAGGGGAAGAGGAGGACAAGAAGAGAGCGAGAGAGGGGACAGAUGAGCGCCACGGUGUGUAAACCGGCGGGGGGAGAGUUAAUUACCCUCCACCAGCCUUUUCCCGAGACUCCAGCACGGAAGAGUUAAAGCAGCAGCCAGUAGCCAGCCGAUGCUGUAAUGAAUUAAAUAAAGAACCUGCCGUCGCAUGUGCUGGAGAGAGAAAGAGAGAAAGAGAGGGCAGGAAUAAGAGAAUGAGUAUUCUGCACACCUGACAGCCAGCUGCUAAGACUGAAGGCAUCUAGCUAGUGUGCACGCAUGUGUGUGUGUAGGGAGGGCGCACACUCAAUAGCGGACAUGCAUGCAGGUGCAGCAACAGCCAAACUACUGGAGCUUUAAGAGCCGUAGUCCGCGUCACUCCCAGUCCACUCAGUCAGGUUUGGCAGACCAGGCGUCUAAACUGUCCUUCGCAUCUGCUGAGUCUCUGGAGACCAUGUCUGAGGCCGACAUGCCGCUGGGCUUCAACCGCAUGAACCGUUUCCGUCAGAGCCUCCCACUCUCCCGCUCUGCAAGCCAGAAUAAACUACGCUCUCCAGGUGUCCUUUUCCUUCAGUUUGGAGAUGAGACCAGACGUGUUCACAUCACUCACGAGCUCAACAGUUUGGAGACCUUGCACGCACUUAUUGUGCACAUGUUCCCUCAGAAGCUGACUGCGGGAAUGCUGAAGUCCCCAAACACAGCCAUCUUGAUCAAAGACGAAGCAAGGAACGUCUUCUACGAGCUGGAGGACGUGAGGGACAUACAGGACCGCAGUAUCAUCAAAAUCUAUCGCAAAGAGCCCAUCUAUGCCUCCUAUCCUGCUGCACAUCUGGCCAACGGAGACCUCAGGAGAGAGAUGGUAUACUCAUCCCGAGACUCGUCACCUAACCAUCGCAUCAACACUCUCCCUUCCUCCACUGCCUCACCCUCCUCCAGCUCUCCUUCUCGAUCUCGUCUCUCUUACAGUGGAGGUCGGACCCCCUCUUUCACUGGUCCGGGUCACCCUCACCCACAGGGUCCCCAGCAUCCGUCCCACUCCCACCACCCUUCGCCCUCUCAUGGACAGGCUCAAGGCUUAAACCCCUCCUCCUCUUCCAUCCUGGAGCGGCGUGAUGUCAAACCCGACGAGGAGAUGUCUGGUAAAGGCAUGGUCCUCCUAAAGAAUGAAGGUCUUUAUGCCGAUCCGUACAGCUUGAUGCAUGAGGGUAGGCUUAGUAUGGCUUCUACUCAGUCCCUGGCCACCAUCGCAGACCCCUAUGGCUUCCCGGUGUCAGGAGGUCUGUACCGUCGAGGUUCAGUGCGGUCUCUCAGUACAUACUCAGCUGCAGCGCUGCAAAGCGACCUGGAGGACAGCCUGUAUAAGCCUGGAGGUUCUCUAUACUCCGACACCUACAGCAGCUCCACGCUCGGCAUGGGCUUUCGUCUGCCGCCCUCCUCCCCGCAGAAGAUUCCCGACAUGCAGCUGAGGGACCGGGAUUCAUUCACUGGGUCUUCCAGUCGAGGGUCGCCUGUGAGAACCACCUUCCGCAAAGACUCCGCUUCCUCCUCAGUGUUUGUGGAGAGUCCAAAGUCCAGACCCAGCUCCAGUUCUGAACCCCUAGGAGAUGGGAGUAAGGGACCUGGAUUUGGGUCAUCAUUAUCUGGGGGAGAGACGGACACACGCAGGGAUCGUAUGGAGGCAAUGGAGAAGCAGAUAGCCAGUCUGACUGGACUGGUUCAGAGCGUCCUAACCCGAGCCCCAGACAGUGACAGCACAUGCGGCCUGCUGCGUCUCUGCAUGAUGGCGGGCUGCCCUCCGGACCAAGGGGCGGACUUUUCACGGCCCUUCCCUUUCUCUUCCAGCGAGAAGACCGAAUCCACCAGUGAUGGCUCCGCCACAGGAACUGGCCGGCUGAAGAAGAAAGCACUGACUCCAUCUGCCCCGCUGGCACUGAUGCCUCCACCUCCAUCCGGAGGCUCUCAGGCCUCCACCGUCUCCAGGCUACAGAUGCAGCUUCACCUUCACGACCUUCAACAGAACGCCACCGAUCUGCGCAAGCAGCUCGCACAGCUCCGUAAAAUGCAGUUGCAGAACCAGGACUCCAUACGCAGUCUACUGAAGAGGACCGAGACAGAGCUGAGUCUGCGUCUAUCAGAUGCGCUGAGGAAACAGGAAGACCCUCUCCAGAGACAGCGCCUCCUAGUGGAAGAGGAGAGACUCAAAUACCUGAACGAGGAGGAACUCAUCAUUCAGCAACUGCAUGAUCUGGAAAGGUCCGUGGAUGAAAUCCAGAAGGAGAUGUCUGUCAAUCACCGACAUGUGACAGUGCAGGAGCUGGAGGAGAAAAGCUCACUGCUGAGGAAACUGGGAGAGACUCUCACCGAGCUGAAGAAUCAGUUCCCGGGGCUCCAGAGUAAAAUGCGAGUGGUGUUGCGAGUGGAAGUGGAAGCUGUGAAAUUCCUGAAAGAGGAGCCGCACAGACUGGACGCCCUGCUUAAACGCUGCAGAUCCAUCACAGACACUCUCUCCACGCUGAGGAGGCAGAUGAAUGAAGGAGUGUGGAAAACCCAGGAUGAGUAUUCCAGCCCCUCUCCUAAACUCGGAGGAGGGGACGAGUACAGGAAGAACACAGACUUUGAUAUUCCAACCAGUCCACCGCUGAACCUCAAUGAGACCAGCCUGGCUAACUGGAGCCCACACUCUGGUCAAGGCCACGGCCACUCGAACCCUUCUAGUGCACAGCGUGAGAAGGAUGCUCAUGGGAUGGUGAGCUCGUUGAAGGGGCGGGAGCUGGGCGAGCUGGGAGGUCGAGGAGGGUCCGAGAAGGCCUCAUCCGUGGAAGUGAGACUGGCAGCAGAGCGGGACUGGGAAGAGAAGAGAGCCAGUCUAACACAGUACAGCGCUCAGGACAUUAAUCGACUGUUGGAGGAGACUCAGGCCGAGCUCAUGAAGGCCAUUCCUGACUUGGACUUUGCUGCCAAGCAGAUCAAACCUGCUCAGAACCAGAUUCAAAACCAAAACCAGAGCCAGAGUCCAUCUAGCACCAAUGCCACACCUGAACACAAGCCUAAUAAGCCUCAGAAUAAACUUUCCAGUAAAGACAGCGGAUCCAGACGAGGCUCGGAUGAGCUGACGGUGGCGAGGUAUCGCACGGAGAAGCCCUCGAAAUCCCCCCCUCCUCCACCUCCCCGCCGGAGUUUCCCCUCCUCCCCUGGCCUGACUACACGCAGCGGAGAGAUGAUCAUUCCUGGGAAGAGUAUAAAGAAAUCAGAAUCAGAGGAGACUGAGUCUCAGAAGCCACACGUUAAGCUGAGGAGGAGUAUAUCUGAAGUCCCCCGACCAGCCUCUACCCCUCCGACCAUCGCUGGUGGAGAGCGAGAGGAGGGCAACGAGGAGAAUUUAGCAGCUGAGCUGGAGCAGUUGAUUGCAUCUAAGGGUGGUGAUGACCACUCCAGUGAUUUUACUGAGAAAUCACAGAUGCAGCACGGGAUGUCCUCCACUCCAGUUCCCCAGAUAGUCUUAACUGAGUGUAACUCUCUCCCCAUGUCCCCCUCUGAGGACUCAGCAGAGACCCGGCGCUCUGACAACACACAGACAAUCAAAGACAAUAACAUCAGAGUAAGUUACUUCAGCCACAUUGUGAGGACUCCCCGUCUGCCGCUAUGGAAACAAGACUUGUCAGCCAGCCAAAAAGUCCCUCGAUUACAAGACUUGGAUGCAGCCCAGAGGGAGCUCCAGAGUCCCGUCCAGGAUGUGACCCAGUCGUGUCCGCCCUUAACAAGCGAGAGAGCAAUUAAACAGCCCCUGAGGAGGGAGCCAAGGGUUCAGGAGACUCUCGAGGCGGCGACAGUACAGAAAGAAGAGCGAUUGAGAAAGUCGGACACUACAUUGUCUGCCUCGCCGGGAAACGGACCCGUAGAGACUUCUCAACUGGGUGUGAUCCGCACUCAAGGCGUUGGAGGGGAAAAGGAAGACAUCUGCCACAGCACGUACCGUCGUCUGGACAGUCUGGAGGAAACCAUUCGUGAGCUGGAGCUCAGCCUGAUGGAGUUCAGCACUGAUCCUCACACGAGGAACAUCUUCCCAACAUCCGUCCAGGCGCAGAGUUCCUCCACCAAGAGAUCCGCCAGCACUCGACAUACAGCAGACGGAGGAGACACAAACAAACCCGCUGUCCCACCUAAACCGUCCUGCAUCAGCACAUCCACAGCCAAGACUGGCGGUGGAAAGGCCUUGUCUCGUCUCAAGCACCUGCAGCAGAGCGGAUCAGAAAAGAGCAAAACAAGCAAACAGAGAGAGGACUUCCUUAAGAACCAGGGUCAACAGCAGGUGUUGACAUGAACGUGGGCAAAUGUUGCUAUAUCUCUCACCUUAUAAGCUUUGAUGAACCUGACGAAGAGUGGGAAGAACAUGGAAGGCUGUGUCGUCUUCGGAUUCUCUCCGUAGUACUCCACUA